CUAGUACCUCCCUCUGGACUGACGUCGGCAUCAGCAGCAAUUCAGCACUCCGGCGCCGGCGGCCGAGAGCCCCGCGGGAGACGGAGGCGGAGCCGCUGAGAGCCCAGGCGGAGGCGGAGAGCCCCGGGGAGAGAGAAAGAGAGAGAUAUAGAGAGUGGUUGGUUGGUGAGCACCACCAAUGGCAGCGGCCCUCUCCUUGGUCUUCUCGCUCCACAUCGCGCUGCUGCUUCUCAUUCCCUGCUCCUGCCAGGUUGGGGAUUCGUGCUCGUCGGCGCGCGACUGCGGCGCCGGCCUGUACUGCGGCAAUUGCGCCGCCACCGGCAAGGCGCGGCCGUCCUGCAUCAGAGCCCUGGCAAUCCAGCCGACCUCCAUUGUGAAGGGGCUGCCAUUCAACCGCUACUCAUGGCUGGUGACACACAAUUCCUUCUCCAUCGUCGGCGAGCCGUCGCACACCGGAGUCGAGAGGGUGACGUUCUACAACCAGGAGGACACUGUCACUAACCAAUUGAGGAAUGGGGUGAGGGGACUGAUGCUGGAUAUGUAUGACUUCAACGAUGACAUCUGGCUCUGCCACUCCUUGCAAGGGCAAUGCUACAACUUCACUGCUUUUCAACCAGCAAUUGACACAUUGAAAGAGGUGGAGGCAUUUCUAUCUGAGAAUCCGACAGAGAUUAUAACAAUAUUCAUUGAAGAUUAUGUCCAUUCACCGAUGGGAUUGAGCAAGUUGUUUAUUGCUGCUGACUUGAUGAAGUAUUGGUACCCUAUCUCAGAAAUGCCAACUAAUGGCAAUGACUGGCCAAGUGUCACAGAUAUGGUUGCAAAGAACCACAGGUUGCUAGUGUUUACUUCUGAUGCUUCAAAGGAGGCUAGCGAAGGAAUAGCAUAUCAAUGGAGUUAUUUGCUGGAGAAUGAGUCUGGAGAUCCAGGGAUCACUGGUUCUUGUCCAAAUAGAAAAGAAUCACAACCACUAAACUCAAGAUCUGCAUCUUUGUUCCUGCAAAAUUACUUCCCCACAAUUCCUGUAGAGAAUGAAGCAUGUAAAGAAAAUUCAGUUGGACUGCCCCAGAUGGUCCAAACUUGCUAUGCUGCAGCUGGAAAUAGAAUCCCUAACUUCAUUGCUGUGAAUUACUACAUGCGAAGCAAUGGUGGGGGUGUUUUUGAUGUUCAAGACAGGAUCAAUGGCCUAACGCUAUGUGGCUGCAACACCAUUGCUGCUUGCCAGGCUGGGACACCAGCGGGCUCAUGCAAGGACACAGGAGCUCCAAACCGGACUUCCUCUUCAGUAAAUGGGAAUGGAAACGUCUAUUCAGGAACUAUAGAAUUCAAGUCACCUGCUUCAGCAGCCAGCAUUUUGAAUGCUAACAUCUGUAGUAAUUUUGUUGGUGCGCUACUGCUAGGUCUUGUGUUGAUUAUUAAGCCGUUUUGAUUCGUCAAGAUUUACUCUUUUUUUCUCAUUGUUGAUGAGUUUGUCACGUUUCUUUUUUUUUAGGUUUUUACUAUCUCCUAAAUAUCAGCAUUUCCUGGCAGCUUGCUGCUGUGAUUGGAUUACGGUUAGUAAGCUUGUUGAACUUCUAGUCUAGAUUUAGAGGGUUACGGUCUGUUUGGGGUGGUGACCUGAGAAAAUUCUGGUGCCUGAUGAAAACAGUUUGGUCACUGUGGAUAGUAGUACCAUGCAGUGCUAGCACCUUAGGCGAGAAAAUUGCAUAUCUAUCAUUAUAAUCGGAGGGAUUCCCUGGAAUGUCAUUAUGUAAAUGGACUUCGUCCAAAUGCCAUCCAAAUGGUUGUGCAGUUUGCUAUUUUACCAUUUUAACUAUUAACUCUAUUUUAGUUUUUUUUUCCUAAUUUGCCCCUCCUAACUCAUUUUCUCUAUAUGUGUCACAUAUACACUAUUUGGUCCUAAUUUUUCGGUAUCGUACAAGAGGCACAUAAAUUUGAUACUCUCCAUUUUUCUCAUCGUACAGGACGGUAUAAUUUUUUUUAUUUGUCAAAAAUGAGUAAAUAAAAAAUACAGUGAUAAUGGAGAAAAAAUACACGUGCGACAAAUAAAAAAAUAAAAUAUGUUGUCCUGUGCAAUGAGAAAAAGUGGAGAGCGUCAACUUUGUGUGCCUCUGGUACGAUACAGAAAAAUUAAGAACAAAUAGCGUAUGUGUGAGAUAAAUGGAGAAAAUGAGUUGGGAGGAACAAAAAAUCACCAAAAUAGAGUUAACAGCUAAAAUGAUAAAAUAGUAAACCGCACAACUAUUUAGAUGGUAGAUAUGCAAUUUACAUAACGGCAUUCCAGCGAAUUCCUCCAUUUACAAUGGUAGAUAUGCAAUUUUCUCACCUUACGUUGUACCCCUCGACUCAUACAUUAAUAUGAUACAAAGAAAUGGAAUGGAUUAUGUUCCCAUGGGCGGGUUG